GGGAAUGGGCACUGCACUCCGAUGGAGGUGGAGGUUGCUCAGCCGGAGACCUCAGAAGCAGAAAGCAAUGGGGAAGAGCAGCUUCAGGGUACUGGGGCACAGUACCGGUGCCGGCUGUCGGAUGGUGGUGUGCCAGACAUUGGUGACCAGUCUGCCCAGCGAGAAGGUUGCCGCAUAUGGAAGAUGCACAUCCUGAAGGGGACGGACGGGCUGGGAAUUCAGAUAACGGGAGGCAGAGGGUCAAAGCGGUCUCCUCAUAGCAUCAUCAUCACCCGCGUGGAGGAAGGCGGCUCCGCACACAGGGACGGCAGGCUGACGGCAGGCGAUGAGCUCCUCAUGAUCAACGGGCAGUCACUGGUUGGGCUGUCCCACCAGGACGCCGUGGCCCUCCUUCGCUCAGCCGCUGGGCUGGUGCAGCUGGUGGUCGCUAGCAAGGAAUCUGCUGAAGGGGAUUUUCUGAAGUACCCAUCUACCAGUUUGCCGGACUUGCUUAGCACUUGCUCAGUCCAAGACUCUGUCUCUUGCACUGACAAUAAGGAAAACGAAGAGCCAGAAGAAGAAGAUGUGAAGGGAGUGAAUGUGUCUCCUGAAACACUGGUCACUGUAAGUGUGGCUUUGGUGUGACGUUUUUACUCUCUCCCUUGACGCCCGUUUGCAUC